UCAUCCGGUGCUCCCUCCCCCAUAUAUACCGGCUCUCCAGCUUCGCACCGCUGCACCAAACUCACCCAUCUCUUUUCCCCGCCAAGAGCAGCAACGAGCUGUGUGUUCUUGCUAGCUCUGAAGCUCAAGCGCGAGCUUGCUAGAAGAAGCAUCUCUCCCCAGUCUGCCAUAUAGCAGUACCAUGGCGGCAUCGGUGGCCUGCGCCUUCUUCUUCGACGCCGAGCCGGUGGGCGAGCCCGGCAUGCCGGCGCUGGACGCGUGCGCGCUCUGCGCCAAGCCGCUGGCGCGUGACAGCGACGUCUUCAUGUACAGAGGGGACACGCCCUUCUGCAGCGAGGAGUGCCGCCACGAGCAGAUGCACCUCGACGCCGUCUCCGCCAGGCAGGCCGCCCGGAGGGUGCAGCGGUUCUCCGCGGAGGCGGAGUGCCACCGUGGGCAGCGGCAGUCCAGGAAGGUGUCCAUCGCCAGCUAGCCGCGGAAAGUCUUUGUUUGGAUCGACAAGAUCUGAAUGAAUUCUGAAGAAAACGACCUCUGUAUUCUGAAGAACCAUCGAUGUCUCUUGGGAGGCGUCUGAUGUUUCCGUCUCUCCGGGUACCAGAUGCAGCCUGGCGCCGCCUACGAGAGGCAAGGCAGCCAGGCAGGGCAGCAUCAGUCGGCACCAAGCAUCAUAGGAGACUGUAGCUUUCCCCAUGUGUCCAUGGCAAGCUAAUUAAGCUGCCCGGAUAGGAGGAAAUUCUACUUGUUCUUGAUCGAUCUGUGCUGUGCCGAUGAAGUGUUAUUUGAUUAGAAAUGAAAACAGAAAAGUAAACACCAUGGAUCUGAAGAGAGCAAUCAGACUUGAUUCCCAAUUUGUUUAUCUUCAAUUUGGGUCGCAUGUCUGCCCACUCUCUUAUUUCUUACCCCUAAAUGAUUGGAUCCUGUUUGGUUU